AUGUUAUUUACUUUGAAGAACAUUUAAUAAUUUUAGAGUGUCUUUACAUUCUAAUAGUAUCUAUUAUUCAUCGGAGCAGAGUUUGAUUAAAAUACCAUAUUUUAUUAAACAACAUUAAUAUGUUCAGAUAAUAUUCCAUUAAAAAAAUUCCCAAUAAUAAAACCUUCUAAUUUUUUAUACUAAAAACUCUUUGAAGAAAAAAAAAAGGAUGAGAACAAAUGUAUACAAUAUUCUAACAACGAAAACAAUUUUUAAAAUAAAAAAUAUUUUUUGGUUAGUCAAAAGUUAAUACUUUCUGAUGAAAUGGAAACUUUUUAUAAAAUAGUGGGGGAACAAAAUAUUGACUUCAUAUUAUAAAAUUUUAAAAUAUUAAUCAAAGAGGACACCAAUAAAGAGACUUAUAUUCAAAUAUGGGGAGAACCGAUUAUGAAAAAUACAAUAAAAUAAAAAUCAAACAACCAAGAAAAAAUUUGCAGGUAAUAAAUUCUUUAUUGCAAUCAUAUGUCCAGACAAGUAGGCUUCUUUAAGAAAAAUUUCAUAAGUCAGGCCAAAAAAGAGAUAAUUAUGAGGAACUUUAUCCCAAAAGAAUAAAUAUCAAAUGAAAUGAUAUCUAUGAAAGCCACAUCAAACAUUUUUGAUUAAUGUUUUUUUGAGGGAAAAUUUAAAGAACAAGAAAAAUAGUAAUUGAGAAUUUUAACUUAAAAAUUGAUCACCAACAUGUAAAAAUUCAAUUUUCCCUAAGCUUUCAAGAUAUUCGUUCCUCUACCUACUAAUUAUUUAAAUUUAAAAAAAGAAGUCUCUCAAUCAAUUAAAUAAAACCUCUAUUACAUACCUAAUCUAUAUGAUGAAAUUUAUAAGAACUUUUUAAGUUAUGAUUAAGUAAUUUCAAUAUUAAGAUACUUUCUUCGUACUAUCAUACCUAUUGACUUUUUGGGAUAAUCAAACUUAUAUACUUUCCUAAAAGAUUUAUCCCAAUUUAUUACAUUCCUAAGAUUUGAAGAUUAAAAUUAUUUAGAUUAUAUUAAUCGACUUAAUGUUUUCUAAAUUCCAUGGAUGAAUAGUUAUUUUUCAAAAAAGAAAUAAAAAAUUUUAAUUUCCAAAAAAAGAUAAUAACUACUGCCCAUCUUUAGGUUUUUAUUCCAACUAAUCAUCAUACCUUUUCUUAGACAUAACUUUUACAUCACUGAAAGAAUGAAAGAUGAUUGGAAAUUAUUUUACUAUAGAAAAGAAAUCUGGACUUUGGUACUUAAAUUAUCAUUAAAUCAAUUAUCUUCCAAUAAUUUGAAAUAAAUAUCUCCAGAAAAAAUUACAACCCAAUAUAUUGGUAAACUCAGAAUAGUACCUAAACCAGGUACUUUUAGACCAAUAGUUACCUAUAAUAGGAAAUCAAGAAUUUCUAAAUUGUCACUUAAUAAAAAAUUAUUAGAUAUUAAGUAUGUCCUUAGAAAUUUAAGAAGCCAACAACUAGGCUUUUCAGUAUUUGGAAAUCCUUAAAUAUUCAACAGAUUGGAGGAAUUCAAAAAACUAUGGAUCAAGUAUUAAUUUCCAUAAACUUAUUUUAUGUCAAUGGAUAUUCAUAAAUGCUAUGAUUCUAUCCAACUUGAAUUUUUACUUAAAUUUAUUGAAGAAAGUAACUUGAUUUAAAGUGCCUAUGUCAUUAAUAAAUAUUAUCUGAUUAUUAGAAAUAAUAGGUAAAGCAGGGGAUCAAAAUAAAUGAGAGAACUAUUUAAUAUUUUUGAUAGAACUUGUGCCAUUCCUAUUAACAAUCCUUAAGCUCUUUAAAAGGGAUACAUCGAAUACAUUUAAUAGAAUAAAUUAGCCAUUAUCGCUAACCUAGGAAUACAAACAACUGUCACAUUUAGUGAAUUCUUACUUAGCAUCAAGGAAUUAUGUUAGAAUAAUAUUGUUCAAUUUGAAGAUAGAUAUUUUAUUUAGACUCUUGGAAUUCCUUAAGGAUUAAAUAUAUCUGGAAUUUUAUGUUCUUUCUACAUAGCCAAUAUAGAAAAAAACUUGACUAGGAAGUUAAUAGGAGAUACUUUGAUUAUGAGAUUGACUGAUGAUUAUUGUUGUUUAACAUUUGAUAAGCAAAAUUUAAUUACUAUUAAAAAUAAUUUUAAAGAAGUUGAAAAGUAGUAUAGCAUCCAUCUGAAUGACGAUAAAACACAACAUAAUAUAGAUUAAAAGAUAGUCAGUUUUAAAUGGAUUGGCAAAAUAAUUAAUUUGGAUAAAUUGACCUUAAAACCUGCUUUUGCUUAGGAAAAGGACAAAUUUUCAAAUUAAAUCAAUGUUAAUCUACCAUCAAGAAUUAAUUCUUAUUUUUUUAAGGCCAAGUUGAAAUCCUUAAUGCUUAAUUAAUUUAAAUUUUUUUUUAAUCCAAAAAUAAAUGACCAACCAACUUUGAUUAAAAUAGCCAAAACAUUUAUACAUGCUGGACUGAUAAAGUUAAUAAAUUUUAUGGAGAAAGCCAAAUUAUUCAAGGUAUCAAAGUAAAAGAGUAACAAAAUUGAUUUUUUAAAAAUAAUCAAAUAAGUCCAAAUAGAAAUUGCAAAUUAUUGCUUCUAAUAAGCAUAGGAGAGAGGAUCAGAAUUAGAUCAGAAUUACAUUUUGAGAAUAAUUAAGAAGUAAUUACAAAAAACAAUAAAAAAUCACAAAAAAUUGAAAACCAUUAUUAAUUAUAAAAAUUUAUGA